AUGGCUCUUCCCUUCCUCGUCAUCUCCCGUGCUCCGUCACUGGCCCUCUUCGGCACGCUCGAAGCCGGCCUCGGCUACUUCGUCUACUCGCAGUGGAAGAAGCCCAGCAUGAUCACCGGCCCCUUGCCCACUGCCAUCCCCAAGGGCUACAUCGGCAAGGCCAGGUUUCAGCCGCACGAGGCGCCCCAGUCCAUCCACAUCGCGCACUCGCUCCGCCACUAG